AUGCGGGCACUCAAUGCACCGAAAGCCCCCUGCUGGUAUACUGCCGAGUGGCAUGCAGAAACGAUGCUCCCGGAAACGCUUUGUAGAGAGGGGCUGCGAGAACGCACCUCCUCCUCUGCUUUCGCUGCUCGUGCACACGAGGCUUCACCCUCUCAGCAUGACCAGUCGCGCUUGCGGCAGCAGCACGUGCCAGAACCAGCAGAACUGCCGCGGGAAGACAGACUUCCUCUUCAAAGGCAGGCUAACUCUUCACCCCACCCCUCUGAAAAAGAAUCUCCCCCAGAGCAAGAUCUCGCAUCCUACCGAUCCAGACUUCGUGCUGCUGGUCAACUCUCCCUGGCGCCUCCCGAGUACGAACCUGCAGAAAGUGGAGCGUUGGAGGGUACCUCCGAGAAGAUGCAUCUUCGAGAAGUCUCUGGAGCGGCCUUCUUGCCGAGGAGAACACCGUCGCUGCUGCUGCGCGCUUCCCCCGAGCCGCAGUCUCUGUCUCUGCUAAGGGAGCAGCAAGAGGCGAUGGAAGUGAUGCUCAAAGCGCACAAGCAGCAUGAGAAUGCGGUGCUGACGUUGUUAACACACUUGGAGCUCGCACGCGAAGAAAAAGCUCUUCGCGAGGAGCAGCUGAAGAAACGGCUUGUUGUGCCUCCACCCCCCCCCCCGCCUUUAGUGCCAAUGCGCUUCGGCCGCGCACCGAAGACACGCUGCACUUCGCCAGAGGAAGCGAAAGCGGCCCGCCGACUGUUCAGGGAGAAUCUUGAAGGAGAUAAGGAGUUGAUUGAGAAAUUCAAUAUUCCCAUCACUGUGGAAACCUUGCGGUGUCUAGAAGGGUCGAAUUGGCUCAAUGAUGAAGUCAUCAACUUCUACUUGAACCUCUUGCAGGAACGCAACAAAAAGCAACUUGAGAAUGGAGAAAACGUGUGUCGAUGCUACUUCUUUUCAACCUUUUUUUAUGCGAAGCUCUCGGGAGCCAGUGGUAGCGAGGAGGCUGCGUACAACUAUGAAGGUGUUCGACGGUGGACUAAGCGCCAGAAAGUCGAUUUGUUCUCGAAAGAUCUUAUUUUCAUUCCGCUGCAUCUGGGGCAUCUCCACUGGACGCUAGGCGUCAUUGAUAUGAGGCAGGGACGUGAGAGCAUCCGCUUCUUUGAUUCCCUUAACGGAAAGCACAAACCCCUCGCGGAACGGCUCAGAAGAUACUUGCGGGACGAGCACGAGGACAAGAAAGGCUUCUCACUAGACAAAGAGAGGACUUGGUAUGCUAAGGCGAACGGAGAGCCAGAGGAGGGGGCCCCUCAGCAGGAAAACGGUUUCGAUUGCGGUGUGUUCUUGUGCCAAAUGGCCGAGUGCAUUGCGGACGGAAGAGCGUUCGACUUCCAGCAGAAAGACAUCAAGAAUAUUCGACUCAAGAUGGCGCUGGAUAUCGUGAGAGGCGAGAUUGAUCUCUGA